AUGUCUGCUCCAACUUCGCGUUACCCAGCUGCUGAAGGUCCAGCCGGUGCGGUGACUACUUGGAUACCUUUAACUACUGUUUAUCCCCUUAUACCUAAAUGCACAACCGAAUUGUAUUCUCCCAAUAAUCUCACAGUUAUCUACGCCUACGACCCUAACAAUAAUGCCGAGAAAUUCGCGACGAGAUGCUGGCCUUCUGAAGCAAGAUCGUGGUGGAAUCAAGUAACCUCUGCGUCAACGACCAUCUCACUAGGACCAUUUCUAUGUCCGGAAGCAUAUACCGUAGCCGUUACCACCGUUGUAAACUCAGGUUCUACACUGAGUGGAUGUUGCCCUAGCGGUUACGCUCUAUCGGCUAUAAUGUCACAACCGUUUCCCGGCCAAUGCACAUCGACCAUCACUUCCGGAGCUACGAUUACAUAUGUUAGUAUUUGGACACCCGCCGCAGAUGGAUAUACGACACUCACUGGCGUGUUGGAUAGAGACCAUCCGGUUCAGGCUGUUCAGAUCAAUGGAUAUAAUUUCGAUGGCAAUUCUGCAGUUCCGACAGUGACCGCUUUCAGUUCGGGUGCUAGUACGAGUUCGACAUCUGGAUCAGCUUCCAAAUCCGAAACGGCAGCCUCUGGCUCUACUCCCAGUUCAUCUGGAGCUGUAGCCACAUCCAUAUCGGCCUUUUCUUCGCUCACAACUAGUGAUAGUAGCAGUAGUUCAGGACUUAGCACCGGAGCAAAGAUCGGUAUUGCUGUCGGUAUCGCCGUUGGUGUAGCUGCCAUUGCUGCUCUUAUUGGAACUAUAUUUUUCAUGAAGAGGCGGAGGAAAUACGAUACUGCGCCACAGCAAGAUAAUUCCUACGCGACUUCCCAGAUGAAAAUGGACCAAGUCGCUUCUCUCUCACCUUCGCCUGGAUCUAACAUUCCACAUGAGAUGGGCCAUGGGUAUGGAUAUGAGGCGCACGAGGUUGGCAAUACGCAGGUACACGAAUUGAAUGGAUCGGCUUUCGCUGAGCCUGAUGGAAACAAUAGAAGCUGA